CAGUCUGGCAGCACCCAUACGCAUGAUUACGCCUCACAUCGUCGCCAAGACGGGGAUUGAAAUGACAGAGUGGGAACCGCAAACAAUGCAGGUCGUUCGUGAUCAGACUACUAUUCCUGUCCCGGAGGUUUUGCGCGUGGUCAAGAACAAACGUUAUAUUUACCUUCUCAUGGAACAUAUUCCGGGAAGGACUUUGGAAGAAUGUUGGGAUGAAUUAAGUUUGUGGAGGAAGAUCUGGAUUGCGUGGAAGCUACGCUCAUACAUCCGUCAACUCCGACGUAUCCGUUUACCUCAAAUCGACGCGCAGGUACCCGGGCCACUUACAGAAGAUCUGUCUCACCCUAAACAGUGUGCGAACCCAAUAUUCGGCGAAUAUGAAGUAGGACCAUUCCCUUCCUUUUCAUCCAUGGUUCGAUGGUUCAACGAACGACUUGUGGUUGCCUAUCGUUUCGAUCCUGUUCCUAAUGAACAACCUGAACCACUCAAGGCCAGAGGACCGCUUGUUUUAACCCAUGGCGACCUCGUUCCUCGUAACAUCAUUCUCGGUGAUGAUGGUCGACUGUGGAUCAUCGAUUGGGGAUCCUCAGGCGUUUAUCCUAUCUGGUUCGAAUAUGCGGCUAUGAUGCGCAGUGCGAACAGACCAUACAACGGUCUCAAAAGGGCUUCUCUAUCUUGGUUCAGGAUAAUCCGUUUCGCUACCGGCGCGUAUGAUACCGAGUACGAGUUUACUGAACGAAUCGCCUUUGCUGUGACUACCUUUGCCUUUGUGCCUGUUUCUGAGGCUUUGAAAUGAGUACAUAUCUAUUUGUUAUUCAGCGAC